AUGGGCUCCGUUUCCAAUCCGAAUUACACAGGCGGCUGCGCGCAGAGCGGGGAGGACGCGGCUCCGUCCAGCGGCAGCGGCGUCUGCAAGUGGUUCAACGUGCGGAUGGGCUUCGGCUUCCUGUCCAUGACCAGCAGGGACGGCGCCCCGCUGGAGCAGCCGCUCGACGUGUUCGUCCACCAGAGCAAACUGCACAUGGAGGGCUUCCGCAGUCUCAAGGAGGGCGAGGCCGUGGAGUUCACCUUUAAGAAAUCAUCCAAAGGCCUGGAGUCUCUCAGGGUCACUGGGCCCAAUGGAGCGCCGUGUCAGGGCAGCGAGAGGAGACCCAAAGGUGCUCAGAAACGACGCUCUAAGGGCGACCGAUGCUACAACUGCGGAGGCCCAGACCAUCAUGCCAAAGAAUGCCAGCUGCCCCCUCAGCCCAAAAAGUGCCAUUUUUGCCAGAGUGUCGCCCACGUCGUGGCCAACUGUCCUGUCAAAGCACAGCAGCAGUCGUCUCCGGGCUCUCAGGGAACGGCCGCGUCGUCGAGGGGCGAGGAGGAGCAGGGCCACGCCGCCCCGUCACCAAGCUCCUAG